AUGCCGAGGAGAUGGAAAGACCCUCUCUCUCCGAACACAGCGUGGGCUUGCAAAAGGAGUAGUUUUGGCUUCAAUGGAAGUGUGGCAGGGUGGAGGGAACUCCCGAAGCCUUUUUUUUCUUCUCUUCGUUGUAAUAGGGGGUACACUUGGUUGUACGAUGGAAACGAGCUAAGGAGAGGUGGCGUUUGGACGGCCAACCCGUUCUCUUUGGGACAUCCUUGGGUUUGGGUCGUUCCAUUGGGCCUGGCCCUUGACUUCAGAUAG